AUAAUCUAUAAUUACACGCGGGUCUGUAAACUACAUGCAGGCCGUACUUGCAUGGUCAAUUACAGUGUAUAGGGUGUCCAUCUGACCUGAAAGAGAGGGCUAUGCUAACGCGGAAACGUAUCACAAACUGGCAUGAAACUACUAGUGAGUGAGUGGGAGGGGUCGUACACCCCUUUACACAUUAGUACAGUGAUAUCACGCCGUGUCCUAGUCAGCGUAAAGAGGGAAGGAAUUUUAAAGUGAGUCUGUGGGAUGUUCACCGUUCUGUUGCAACCAACGAGCACGAGUGUGAUAUUGACACAUUAAGGCCUGGUCAUGUUCAAUGAAGAUUAGAAUACAUCAGGAAGACACAGAAAAUGGCCAUUCCAGAAAAGGAACUUGAUUAUCACUACUCCCCAAGUCGAUGGUCUCACAGAUAUGGCCCAGAUGAGGUCAUUGAUGCACACAUAAAAUCUGUUACAGAAGGUAGCAAGGUUGCCCAUUGGUGCCUUGACUGCGACAGCGACAUCCCCUACGGUACGGGAAAGAAACAGAAGCUGGACAUCUUUAAUGCCAAAAAUGCAAAGAGAAAUGGUCUCCCUAUAUUAGUGUACAUCCAUGGGGGCUACUGGCAAAACUUGAGCCUUGAGAUGUCUGGGUUUAUGGCACCUCCAUUGUGCAAAGCUGGCGCCACGGUGAUUUCUGUUGGUUAUGACCUUGCCCCUGAAGCUUCUAUGGACAGAAUUGUGAGUGAAAUUAAACAAGCAAUGAGGUACAUCCUGAGAUAUGCCAAGGAACAUCAGUCCAGGGGUAUCUACCUGUGCGGUCACUCUGCUGGGGGGCACCUUGCCUCCAUGGUCCUGGCUUGUGAGUUUGCUGAAGAUGAUGCCUUUGACAGCGAGAUGAUCAAAGGUGCUGCUCUUGUCAGUGGAGUUUAUGACCUUCGACCUCUCACUAAAACCUAUGUCAACGACCCUUUGAAACUUGAUGAGGAUGAUGCAUGGAGGUUCAGUCCCGCCAACUUCGUCUCGGAGAUAGCUGGACUCAGUCAGCAGCGUGAUAUCCUCAUCGCUGUGGCCGAGUAUGACCCUCCCGAGUUCCGCAGACAAAGUGCCGAUAUGGAGAAAGAUCUGUCAUCCAGGAAGGUGAAGACGCGGUACAUGGACAUCAGCGAUACUGAUCACUUUGAUGUCAUCGAAAAAUUACAGAAGGAUUCUUACAGCCUCACAAAGGAAAUACUACGACUCAUGAAGCUGUCAUAGGAGCCUGAUUCUGGGGAGAUAGCUUUGUCUGACAACAGCUGCCAUCAAUCCAAGAUCACCAUGGUUACCAGUCAUGAUGGCAGUUGAUGUUCUCAUAACCAAAUACCUCCCUGAAGACUUGAAGACCUGAAGACCUGACCAGUUGCAUGGAGAGGUCAUGUGAAUUAUGAGAAAUUGGAAAGAAAUGUACUGUACAGUAAACUACGGUUAUAACGAACUCAAAGGGACCACUAAUUUUAGUUCGUUAUUACCGUUGUUCGUUGUAAGCAUCUAUACAACAUAUAUACAGCAAAUGGACAAGACCAAAAAAUAGGUUUGUUAUAUCCGUCUGUUAGUUAUAAAUGUGUUCGUUAUACUAGUAGUUUACUGUAUUUUCAGAUAAAUGGGAUAUAUUAAAAAACAAUCUGGUUGUGUGACCAUUCUUUCCCCCUUUCCAUGUGAGUUGGUGAUUGAUGGCUGCAGUUUUGUUGAUGGUUGUUGCAAUAACUGGAGCAACUCAAGCCUAUCUAGGUAAACAAUUCUGCAUGUGAAACAUGCAGAGUUGCGUCCCUUAGGUGUUCCUGGAUCCUGUGCUUAUUGGUCUGAAAAUCCCAGAUUUGCACUGAUUUUGAUCUUUGGUCUGUUAGCACCAUACUCUUGCUGGUGAAUUUCACCAUCGUUGUAAAUAUCUACUAUCUGCAUUACUUGGGAUAGCCUCCCACAUGAAACAUAUAGAUGAAAUACUGUUCAAAGCGCUGUUGAACCUCACUCACUCACUCACUCACUCACUCACUCACUCACUCUCACACACACACACACACACACACACCAUGAUUUUAACUAGAAUACUGUUCAAAGCGGUAAUAACUCACUCACUCUCUCACUAGUAUAAGGACCUGUGAAGAUCUGGCAUAGAAUAGUUCUUCAGCGACCCAGGCUUGGUGUAAAACGCCACUUUGCUUGUCGUAAGAGGCAACUAAAGGAAUCGGGUGGUAAGCCGCACUGACUUGGUUGAUGCAUGUCAUUGAUCCUAAUUGCAUGGAUCGAUGCUCACGAUGUCAAUCACUGGAUUGUCUGGUCCAGACUCAAUUAUUUACAGACCGCCGUCAUAUAGGUGGAAUAUUGCUAUGUGCGGCGUUAAACAACAAACAAACAAACACUUUUAUAUGACAAUGACAAGAAACCUUUUGUAUUCAUAUUUAUAUGCUAAUGUUAAUAUGUUUAAUGGUUAUGAAUGACUUAUAGUCAGAAUUUGGGAACAUAUUUUAUAAUUAGUUGUAUUUAAUCAAUGAUUGUGAUUACCCUAUUUCUUAUCAAGUGCCUUAUAAUAAGGUAACCUCUUUGUUACAUUGAACAUUUUAUCACUGGAGGCACCAUUAUGUAGAUGUUUAAUGAUAUCCAUAAUAUUCAUGUUUUAUAAUUGUGUGCAUUGUUUAUUAACAAGUGUAUUAUAUCGCUAUGAUAUUGUGAUAAAUAUAUACCCUGGACCUGUUCAAUACCAUUUGGGAAUUGACGUCACCAUCGCCAUGUUUCAUCAAUAUCUUUCCACAAAAAGUCACAUCAGUUAAAUUUGAUUGAAUGACAUAUUUUAGCAUUGUGUCAUUCACGUCAGACAGAAACAAAGAUAUGAAUGGGUCCAGGAUAUUGGCCGAAACAAAAUCUAAUACCCUUGAUAGUAGAGGAUUGUUAGUGAUGGUACCAUGGUAUUGUUUUUAUUCUAGGGGAAAAUCGGAAGAUGGUGCAUGUUUAGAUUUACUGUUAACCUAUUGGAUAGGGUUGGUGGUGGGUUCAGGGAUACUCUGAAGUGUUUAUUUGGUGACAGCAUCCACGCAUGUAGAUAGGGUAUUUAGAGAUUAAGGCUGUGUUCUGUGAGUUUUUGUUCACCAAAAUGACCAUUUUUCCAAGGCAAGGGUGUUAACUGACUAUAAAAGUCCAGUUGUUGCCCUUGCCUAAUUAGGCUGCAAUUCCAGAGUUGCAUUUUGGCUUGACUGACGAGUCGGUGCAUAGUCCAAUCAAGACAAUCUAACGAACUAGACAUUCAGUUCAUAAACAACAUGGAUUUCAACGUGCAGAUUUCAGUCGACUGCAGGAUUGGUAAUGCAGGCAAAGCAUAUUUUCCAAAUAUUUCCAUGUUUUUCAUCAAGGUGCUGUAGUCAUUUGAUGCACUUGUGAAGUGAGACCCGUUUUAUUACAAUAUAGAUCUUGAUUACCAACCAGAUUGUCUUGACUGGGUGCUGCCAUUUUGUCCGAAGCAAAUGCUUGUGAUAAGAGAGAUGAAAUCUGAUUGGUCAAUAGGAGGGACAUAAAGGGGACAUAAUUUGUAAUACCAACUGGUGGUGCUACGAUCGAGCCUGGAAAUUCCAGCCUAGUUCGGCAAAGAUGGACACUGGACUUUUAGGGUCAGUUAACACCCAUGCCUCGGGAAGAUGCGAAAUGACAAUUGGCACAGCGCUGAUGUUAGAAUGUAAACUUAAGUUUCUGUGUACUGAUAUUUUAUGGACGUUUUAUUUGCACUGUUAUAUGCUUCACUAAUCUUAUACAUGCAUGUUAACCGGAAAUGAUGAUCAGAAUUAACUGCCCCUGAUGUUUGAAUAUAUUUGUCUGUUGACAUUCAUGCAUCGUCGAUGUCAGACAUGUGUACGGCUCUGUUAAUAAAUCUUUAUCCAAUGAAA